UUUACGUAACUGUACCGGACAGCUGAGCCAUGCCGGUUUGAAUGUACUGAACAUUUAAAAAAACAUUCUUGUUUUUUGAUAUUACUGUGACAUGGCUAGCUGCGCCUUUGUUUCCAGGCUUUUGCCUCGGGUGAGAGGACGGUUUUGCGGUAACUCGGUCCGUGCCUUUUCCUGCACCGUGGCCCGCUCUCAGCUGCAGAGCGUGCGGGGAAGCAGCGCCUUGACGGGCAAAGUGGACCGGUUCGGUGGGGUGACGGUGAACCUGGCCGAGACGGGACUACCGGAGGACAUCAGCGAAAGUUCAUUCAGCAGAUUACUGCAAGAUUCUCUGAGCCGGUGGAAAGCCGAGGGGAAGGUGGCGGUGUGGCUGAGGGUGCCCAUCUCACUGAGCCGAUGUGCAGCCGCCGCCUCGACUCACGGCUUCAGCUUCCACCACGCCAGGAGCGACCACGCCGUGAUGGCUCUGUGGCUCGGAGAGGGGGAGAGCAGACUGCCCGGGUUUGCAACUCACCAAGUCGGAGUGGCAGGUGCAGUCGUGGAUGAGUCCAGAGGAAAAGUCCUCGUUGUCCAAGACAAAAACAAGACAAAGAAUGCUUGGAAGUUCCCCGGCGGUUUGUCAGAUCCAGGAGAAAAUAUCGGUGAGACCGCCGUUCGCGAGGUGUUUGAGGAAACCGGCGUUCGCUCCGAAUUCAGAUCUCUGCUCAGCAUCCGGCAGCAGCACAACCACCCCGGCGCCUUCGGCAUGUCGGACAUGUACAUCAUCUGCCGACUGAGCCCGCUCACCUACGAGAUCGACUUCUGCACCCAGGAGUGCCUGCGCUGCGAGUGGCUCGACCUCCGCGAGCUCGCCAAAACCAACGAGACCACGCCGAUCACCUCUCGCGUAGCCGGACUCCUGCUCCACGGCCUGGAGCUGGGCUUCGACAAGAUCGACCUCACCAUGGAGGAGCUGCCCGCCGUCUACUCAGGGAUGUUCUACCAGCUGUACCACAGGCAGCUUCCCUCCAAAUCAUAGGAAAGAAAAUGGUUGCUAGCUAUGCUGAACCACUGGGCGUCAGUGUUACUUAUAUUCAAAGUGUAUUUAUGGCUGGACUGUUACUGUUCAUAGGUGUUGAACAAAAAGCACACUGACUUUGUGGCUUUUUUUACAAACGCCAUGGUUCUUCAGGUGCUGCAGUUUCAUACGGUUUAUUCAACACCUUUUGGUUGCCAUGGUCCACAACUGGAAACACUGUAAGUAAUGUUAUUUUUAUUAAAGGUACUACUAUAAAAUCUACCGUAUUGGUCGUCGGGAACAAGUUAAGCUACGUUUUGUCGCCUAGCUAACCAUCAACUUGCUAACGGUGGUCUCAGUUCGGUUACUGGGCUUGAAUCAAGCCACACAGAGAAUAAAAUGCUUCUGCACGCCACUGGAUAAUCAUACAACCAAUCAGAGCAAUGUGUGUGUAUGCUUCUAAACAAAAGCCUUAAUUGCUGUGAACUGUUUCUCUAUAAAGAUUUCAUUGCCUGGAA